GUUUCCCGGGGCUACAGCAGCCGCUGCUGACUCUCGGUCGUCCGCCGGCCUGCGCCAUGGCGGGCUGCAUGGCGCGGGCUCCUCCGGGUUCCGAGGCGCGCCUUAGCCUCGCCACCUUUCUGCUGGGAGCCUCGGUGCUCGCGUUGCCGCUGCUCACACACGCCGGCCUGCAGGGCCGCACCGGGCUGGCGCUCUACGUGGCUGGGCUCAACGCGCUGCUGCUGCUGCUCUACCGGCCCCCGCGCUACCAGAUAGCCAUUCGAGCAUGUUUCCUUGGUUUUGUCUUUGGCUGCGGCAUGCUGCUAAGUUUUAGCCAGUCUUCUUGGAAUCACUUUGGCUGGUACAUGUGCUCCCUGUCAUUGUUCCACUAUUCUGAAUACUUAGUGACGGCAGUCAAUAAUCCCAAAAGUCUAUCCUUGGAUUCCUUUCUCUUGAAUCACAGUCUGGAGUAUACCGUAGCUGCCCUUUCUUCUUGGAUAGAAUUCACACUCGAAAAUAUCUUCUGGCCAGAACUGAAGCAGAUCACCUGGCUGAGUGCAACCGGGCUGCUGAUGGUAGUCUUUGGGGAGUGUCUGAGGAAAGCAGCCAUGUUUACAGCUGGUUCCAACUUCAACCACGUGGUGCAGAAUGAAAAGUCAGACACGCAUACUCUGGUGACGAGUGGAGUGUACGCUUGGUUCCGGCACCCUUCUUAUGUUGGGUGGUUUUACUGGAGUAUCGGAACCCAGGUGAUGCUUUGUAACCCAGUCUGCGGGGUGGCCUAUGCCUUGACGGUUUGGCGGUUUUUCCGAGAUCGAACAGAAGAGGAAGAGAUCUCCUUGAUUCACUUUUUCGGAGAGGAAUACCUGGAGUACAAGAAGAGGGUACCCACAGGCCUGCCUUUCAUCAAGGGAGUCAAGGUGGAGCUAUAACGGGCGGUGGAGGGCCAGGCAGGGGUGAGGGCCCGGCUCCAUUCAGCCUGGGACGAGACCCACCGUCUCUGGCUGGCUACCUUGCAGGAAAAACUUUCUUAAUCAUUUUAUAUGUUACCAAUUAAACUCUUCGGGAAUGUCACUCAAGACCAAAUGGUCAGAAGGCCUUAGGACCAAAGGACCCACCAGGCGAUUCACUCUUACGCAGAAUCGAGGUUGGAGAGGUGAGAGGAGGUUGGAGAGGUGAGAGGCCGGCAAGGCACAACAGCAAUACUCAGCAACCCCUUCAAUGCCACCUGGCGAAAGACAAGGCCACGCCCCAUAUCCCUAGGAGGCGAGAUUGUGUCUAAGUUGUAACAAAGACUCCUUGGGAGAAACGGGCCACUGCUUUCAGCAAUGCUUUUGCGGUAGAAAGCAGGCAUCCGUGCUUAUUAGCGUUAGAAACACAUUUAAACCCUUUGAUUUAACAGGAAACCCCAAACAGCACAGCUUUAACCUCUUUAUUUCUGUCCUCAAAUGCACGAACAAACAUCUAUACGCUUUUAAAGAUAACUUCCUUGUAAGGCGCUUUGGCUAGUCAUAUAUUUACUCAUAUUUACAUAUCUGUGUUUUAUAAUAGCGGUGUAGAUUCAAAGGGGCCUCCUUUUGGGUUUAUAGCUGCCACUUUUAUGGGUCAGCAAGUAAGCACAGACACCUCAAGAUGCUCUGGCCCAGUGUGGCUUUGUAUCACGUGUUGUUAGUGACACUUGCCACACUGACCCGGCCCCCAGUUCAGGGAGACCCUAGAUCCCUUUGGACUCUCCCAGGAUCUUGGCACCUGCUCUUCUUCAAGGGGGGGACUGUUAUCAGUGACAGGUGUAUCAAAGAUGUGUCCUUUUCCCUUUAGCCAACAAGUUCUUAGUGAAUGCCUGCCUGCUCCGUGCAGGGUGUCUUUACAAAUUGAGAAAUAAUAGCUCUCCAUUUAUUUGGGAUUUUAUUUUCAUUUUACCAUGGUUUAGUUUUUUGUGUUUCACUUUAAAUCUGUUAACUAUUUCCUACGUUCUGAUUUCCGAAUCCUUAGGUUCCUACUGCUGUUUCAAACUAUCUUUUCCAAAGGGGUUUUAGCAAAUACAACUAAAAUUCAAGCAAAUCGGCUCAUGAAAGUAGUCUUACAUAGAGCAAGUAACCUCACUUGAGUCAGUAUUUUUUUUUUUUUUUUCUUUCCAAGUUUGGGGAGAGUGGUUGGCGUUAUGAGUCAGGCAUAAAGCUUUAAGAGGUGAGAAGCUUAUUUGAUUCUGGAGUAGAUUCGGAACUGGGUCGCAGUGUGCGAUCCUCCCGUUCAGCCUGCAGUGGCACUAACGAAUGUGAAUGGGAAGGCGGCGUGGCCCCGUGGCCAGAGCCCAGCUCCGCCACCAUGCCAUGCCACGAGGCCUUUGAGGAGCCACUUAACCUUUCUGUGCCUAGAUCUCCCCAUCUGUAAAAUGGGGUCAAUACCACCUACCUCACAGGGGUGUUGUGAGGCUUGAGAAGAACAAUGUCGCAUGUUUUUAAUACUUGGAGAAAUCACACGGAUGAAAUCUAUUCUGCAUAAGAAGUACGUGAAAACCACAUGAAAAAGGAGACAUUUGGUUAACUGUACCAGACACCUAAAAUGUGUGUUUGAAAGAGAAUUUUACCAACUCGUGAUAUUACUCAUUUCUAGAUUUCAUUGCUUAAUUAAUUUUCUUGUUAGUAUGUAUACCAAAGAGGUUUACGGGUUCGUCGGUUGCUGGUGUGAGAACUGGACAGACUCGGCCCACUGCCCUCACUCUGGUCUCGUGGUCGGAUUCUGGACGAGGCCUUUGCGGGAGCCAUCAGCAGUGUAUUUCUUUGGAGCGGACCCUCCCCACUGGAUCAGGAGCAGGCAUGUUCUGUGUUUGGGGACUUGAGUUGGUUGAAUCAGUCCUACACUUGGUCUCCAAACCAUGCUUAGCAAAGCAAACUCCGCGUGGUAAGACUGCAAGCUUAGAGUGGAGUUCUUGGCAGCCACCCCCAGCUCCUUGAGGGAAAGUCCUUCCUUAAUAUGUCUAGCAAGAUUGGGCCCAGCCUUCCUUUCCACCGGGGCCGCGAAGCUGUGUUUUUGAUCGAUGGUGAGCUGCUCGUGACAGGCUUUGUGGACGGUAAGACUGAAAGUUUGACACUGGUGAUCCGUUCUGCCAUAUGCCAGAGUCCGGGCAUCCCCCUUCCUGGCAGGCCUUCAAGCUUGCACACGCCCAGAAGGUAGGUCUUAGUGCUUCACCAUGAGACGCUGCUGCUGUCAGUACCACCCGGGACUGACAUUGCAUCCUGCUCGGCUUUAAAGAGCAGUUCCACAGGUGGGGUCUGUGUGAGAACCUUCCCACCCUCAUUUGUAAUCUCCCAGGGCAGAAGUCAACAACGUCUUGGUGAAAGAUGGACUAUUAAAGGGCAGGAUUGUCAGGUGAUUGACUUUGA